AUGCCUCCACGAUUAGGAAACGCACAACGGCUCCUCAGCUCUCAGCGCCAGAUUACUUCCUCUCAAUCUCCUUUAAUAUAUAACUCAUCGACCGCCCUCUCUUCGUCGUCUAUAUCCUCGCCAUGUCGGUCUCUCCCUCAAUCGCGUGCGUUCAGUUCCACACCCAGAGUCCAGGCUGGCCCGAGUCUUCGUCAGGAACUGAUCUGGUGGUUAAAGGGACCUGGCUCGGUGUUCAGGAACCCUCUGCCCGGAAGCACAAACUAUGUCAGCGCCUAUGAUGAUAAGGGAGUUUUACGACGUGAGAGACAUAGGCGGUUCGAAGGUGAGGAUGCCGAGGAAAAGAACGAGGGCGAGAACGAGGACGAAGAUAUUAGCGCGGAGCGGAUGGAAGAUCUUAGGCCAUUCCCUCUCAAUCAGACCUUUCAUAGUCAGAGUGUGUUGAGUGAAGAGUUGCGGAACGAGAUCUACGAGCAGGUUGUUACUAAGGGAAACAGCGUUCGGCAUGUCAGUGUGUCGUUUGGGAUUGAUAUGAGGCGUAUUGGAGCAGUGGUGAGGUUGGUUGAGUUGGAGAAGAGGAUGAGGAGCGAGAAAAAACCCCUCGCAUUACCAUAUGCCCGUGCAAUCCAUCAAAUGGUCCCACUCACACCACUUGCCGAAAAGGGGGAGCUGCAACGUCGUCAUGAGCCGAUCAAUGAUCUCCCAGUUCACAAACUCACCGACCCUCAAAUAUUCUACCCAGUAUCUGAAUCCCGCAGGUUCACUCGCGUUGACGCUGCACGAGUAUUCUCAGCAGCACCCGAAGUCACUGAGGACAAACGCGACGUGCCCGGAAACACACCCGAGGCCAUCGCCAAGAUAACGCAGGCCCCUCACAACAUAGAGAGGGUCGGCAAAGGAGCGAACGAGCAGCAAGUUCUUCAGCCGGCGGAUGUUCGAAUCCCCCAUCCUCAUCUCGUUGCAUUUGAGCACGACGUGAUCGAGUUUCCUAGCGAGACCCGUAAGCGCAGCCAGCGUUACAAUGACCGUCUAAAGGCCGAGAUGGAGAAAGAGACCCUCCGCAAGGAGAAGAAAAAGGCCCGAGAAGCCGCUCAGUUAACCCGGGUUCAGCCUGAGAAUGGCCGCUUUGAGUUCCGGUUCCGAGACGUCGUUGUUAGCCGCGAGACUACCGGGCUGGACGGCCGUGGUGUGAAGGGUGUUGGCCGACGGUACGGCGUGCCUCACGCAGACAGGAGGAGAGGAGAGGUCAAGAUCCCGACCAAAGUGGAGGUUUAA